GAGAGAAAUGCAGACACUCCCUGGUUUCUGCCCUAUGAGCAUCCUACAAUCGUGGACAUCCAGUAUGUCUGCACCAUGGAAAGAAUUGUUGCGAGCGCCUUCUUCUACAAGGCGAUGGAUGUACGAGCAGAUUUUCCAGCCAUAGACAAGUGGCUGCAGGCUUUUGAG